AUGUUAACUGCUGAAGAACGUCGUCAACGCAUUCUGGCUAAUUCAGAAUCGCGUCUUGCUAAACUUCGGCAUAUAAAUCAACAUGAUAAUUCAUCUGAUAUACCACCAAUGGCAUCAAUAUCUUCACCAGCGCCACAUGAACUUUUAAGAAAACCAAAUGAAGAAUUUAAUUCUUCAAUUAACUCUAGUGUUAAUAAUAAUCAAUCACAACAAACAUCACCACCAUCAUCAUUAUUUUCAACAAUUACUACAGCAACGAAUAUGUUAAAUUCUUUUACAUCAUCAUCAACAACAACAACAAAAACAGUUGAAAAUACGAAAGAAAUGAUUGUAAUUGAUAAACAACAUAUUCUUAUGUUUAUUCUUGGAAUUAUUGUUGGAAUUCUCUAUUCAUUUUAUAUAUCAAUUGAAUCAAAUUUUUUCUUUCUUGUAUUUUUUACAUGUUGUAUAUGUAUAUUAACAUCACGUUAUUAUUCGAUGCAAAUGAAACAUCGUACAAAUGUAUUAAUUACAACAGCUAUGUUAUCAGGAUUUAAACCAGAUUUUAUGAAAAAAUUAAGUCUUGUUUAUACUCUUGUAUCUGAUGCUUGGAUUAUAUUUGCAUUUUAUUUUGUUUCUUUUUGUUUAACAUAUGUCGUAUGUUCUUCAUUUUGA